AGUGCGUUUUCCAUCAAUGAACUCACUUCAUUGAUUUCGAUUUCUAUGAUUUCAAUGCAAGAAUAUAUAAAUAAAAAUGUUGGAGGAGUUAGUAUAGAAGGUUUUUAUAAACUGUCAUCAAGUUUAUUCUUUCAUUCGUUUGUUGUUCGUCAUAUUGCUUUGGUAGUGUGUGUUUGAUUUUGUAAUUUUUGUCUGUGCACACCAUUUCAGUGAGAAAAAUUGAUAAAAAUAUUUUUAAUAUUUUAGUAAUUAAAUAAUUAAUUUGUCGACUCGAAACUAGUGCUAAUUUACAAUUUCAAUGUUCUGUUAAUAUUUUCCAGUGUUCAAUUAAACAAAAAAGUGAUCGAAAAAUGGUAAGCUGCCAUCGAAUCAUUAUCAGUGUGAGUCUGGUAUUCAUUCUGUUGACCAAAGAGGGAACUUCACAACUUUCCGAAAAGUUAAACGUACAAAAUUCGUGUGUCAGCAAAACGACAUGCCGCGAAUGCAUACAAACAAAAAAUUGUGCCUGGUGCCUGCAACCGGAUUUCGGCGAUAAGCCCCGAUGUUUCCAGCCUAGUUUAACGCCGUUCGCCGGUUCCUGUUUGGAAGAAUGGACAUGGAAUCCGGACAACGAACAGCAUAUGUUAUGGAAUCGUGAAUUGACUCGCGCUGGAUCGGCCAGUGGAAGUGCAUCGGCAUCGGGAAGUUAUAGUGAAAGUUUUUCAUCCUCGUCAUCCAGUUCAUCGUCGAGCAGUAGUUCGCAUUCAUUUGGAUCCAGUUCUGGUAGCAGUAGCGCCUUUGGUGCAGGUGGCCAAGAAAGUAUUGUACAGAUCAGUCCACAGCGGGUCGGUUUAAAAUUACGAAUAAACGAGGAACAUCGGCUACACAUGAGAUAUUCACAAGCUGAAGAUUAUCCAGUCGAUUUGUAUUACCUUAUGGACUUGUCUAAAUCUAUGGAAGAUGACAAGGAAAAACUGUCCAAAUUGGGAGAUCUACUUUCCGACACAAUGAGAAAUAUAACCAAAAACUUUCACCUUGGAUUCGGUUCGUUUGUCGACAAAGUGUUGAUGCCCUACGUAUCUACAGUUCCGAAAAAAUUAGAGCAUCCCUGUGAUAAUUGUGAGGCUCCGUAUGGAUUUAAAAAUCACAUGACACUCAAUACAAAUACUACUCUGUUCUCUGAAGAGGUACGACGUGCAGCAGUGUCGGGUAAUUUAGAUGCUCCAGAAGGCGGUUUCGAUGCCAUUAUGCAAGCAGUAGUUUGUCGCGAUCAGAUCGGUUGGCGUGAACAAGCCCGUCGGCUAUUGGUGUUCUCAACUGAUGCCGGUUUCCAUUACGCCGGUGACGGUAAAUUGGGGGGAGUGGUUACACCGAAUGACGGUAAAUGUCAUCUGGACAGUCAUGGCAUGUACACACAGUCAAAGUACCAAGAUUAUCCGAGCAUUUCGCAAGUUAAUUUGAAAGUGAAACAGAAUGCGAUCAAUGUUAUCUUCGCUGUAACAAGUUCACAGAGUAAAGUUUAUGAGAAAUUGUCGAAGCAUGUGGAAGGAUCAUCAAGUGCUAUUCUAUCAGACGAUUCAUCGAAUGUUGUCGAAUUGGUUCGCGACGAGUACAGCAAAAUCUCAUCAUCCGUUGAAAUGAAAGACAAUGCUACAAGCGCUGUCAAGGUCACAUAUUUCUCAUCAUGUCUCGGCAAUGGACCCCUAGUUCAAACAAAUAAAUGUGACGGACUCAAAGUGGGCGAUGUGGUAAGCUUCACAGCUGAAAUUGUUGUCACCUCAUGUCCACAAAACGAGCGGGAUUGGAAUCAAAUUUUCCAAAUUUAUCCGGUUGGUAUCAAUGAAAGUUUAAUCGUUGACCUGGAAAUGUUGUGCAGUUGUCCGUGUGAGAAUCCGAAGCAUCCUCAAUUCGAACCCAAUUCGGACAAAUGUAAAACUUACGGUUCAUACAAAUGCGGUAUUUGUGAAUGUGACGAGUUCCACUUUGGUCCGAAUUGCGAAUGUUCAGUAACCGACAUUCACAGCGAAGUGUCGAUGUCUCGUCAAUGUCGUCCCGACAAUUCAUCAGUGAUCGAUUGCAAUGGUCGUGGUACGUGCGUGUGUGGCAUUUGCGAAUGCGAGAAGCGACCUCAUCUCGACGAGGUGAUUUCCGGCAAAUUCUGUGAAUGUGACAAUUUCUCAUGUGAUCGGCACAAUGGUUUACUAUGCUCGGGACCGGAUCACGGUACAUGUUCCUGUGGCGUGUGUCAGUGUCAACCCGGUUGGACCGGUGACGCUUGUGACUGUCGUGCAACGAAUGAGACUUGUAAGCCACCAGGUGGUAGCGGUGAAAUUUGUUCGGGUCAUGGAACCUGUGAAUGCGGCACCUGCAGAUGUGACGUCACGGAUGAUGGCCGCUUCUCGGGCAGAUAUUGUGAAAAGUGUCCUACAUGUGCUGGUCGCUGUCAUGAAUUCAAAGAUUGCGUUCAAUGUCAAAUGUACAAAACUGGACCGUUAGCCGAUUCAGAGUUGUGUACGAAAACGUGCACGAAAUUUGUGCCAAUCGAGGUGGAUGUGGUCGCUGUGGACGAAGAAAAGGACGAACAUUUGUGUACAUUCUUCGAUGAAGACGAUUGUCGGUUCCAAUUCGUCUACACGGAUAAUAUGGAUGACGAAAAGAUUGAUGUUCGAGCGCAAAAGAAUCGAGAAUGUCCGCCCAAGGUGUUUGUGCUGGGCAUUGUAUUGGGUGUGAUUGCGGCUAUUGUACUCAUUGGUUUGGCGGUGUUGUUGCUGUGGAAACUGUUGACUACGAUUCACGAUCGAAGGGAAUUUGCUCGUUUUGAAAAGGAACGAAUGAUGGCCAAAUGGGACACGGGUGAAAAUCCAAUCUAUAAACAAGCUACCUCAACGUUCAAAAAUCCAACUUAUGCUGGAAAGUAAAGUUCCAAAAGUUUUACGAACUUUCUGAAUGAUAAAGUUUCAUCGAUUUUCAUUUUUAAGAACAAAAGAAAACUUGAAAAUUCAACGAUAUAUAGAGAAAACAUUUUUUUUGAAACAAAUAAAAAAAUUGACGACGUGGCUAAAAUACUAACCAAAGAAAAGACAACAACAAGAAAGAAAUAAAAAAAAGAAAAAUUAAAUAAAACAAUUUUGUUAAAAAUUUUGAGUGGCUUCCAAUAUAAUGUGCCGAUUCGAACGUUUUUUCUUAGAGAGAAAAUUUUUGAGCAAACUAUUUUUAAACGAGAUUUUCUAUUAAAAAUCUUUUCCUGUUGUUUUUUUUGUAGACGAAAUUUAUUAACCAAUGCAAUAUUACACAUGGUUGUCAUUGAAAGAUAAAAAAAGGAAGAAAAAAUUAAUAAAAAAAUUGAAUAUUUUCGAAUUCACUUGACGUUGUAGAAGAGUGUACGUAGAAUAAUCGUUAUAUUUGUCGCACUUACUGAAUUUUUGUGCUUUUUCCAAAAA